GCUAAACGACGCGACAUUAAUUCGACGAAGAAAAACAUGCUAACGCUUUGUAGCAAGUAGCUUUGUGUUGUUUUCUCCAAUUCAGCUCAUUUUUAUACUAAUACGCGGUUUAAAUGUUGCGUUUUGACGUCUCUGACUUGUAAUUGAAGCAAUAAGUUGACUGCUUUUAAAACUAAUUAACUGACGUUAUAGCCGCCUUGGUAGUAUUGAAGUAGUUCCGUAACAUCGUUGAUCUUCGCGACACAUUGUGUUACUUUUCUUACUGUUUUAAUCGUGCUUGUGUGUUAGUAAACUAGUGACAAGUAAUAUUUUGUGUUUAUUUAAUGCUAGUUAACAAAAAAAGACUACUUCACUAGAAAAAUCUUUUCUUGGUGUCAAACGUAACUUUCGUGUCAUUCCUAAUGCAUGUAUCACAAUAAUAACUUCUAAUUAGUCAUUGGUGCUAUCUUAAAAACAACUAUUGGAGUUAUUCGUCCGCAAUGGCUGCAGUAGGUUUUACCCCGGCCAGAAAACAGGACAUUUUUAGCAUCGAAGCGUCUCAAACGUGCAGCGCAUCCGGCGGACACGAGGCCAGACAGUUUUACGAAAACCUCCUUAAAGAUGAGAAAGUGACUCGGAAAAGACGAUGUGGGCGAAAUGGGCAGAGUAGCAAAAGGAGGAGAACUGAAACACGUGCCGCCGUGGUGGAAAGAAGAGGGGAAGGCAACCGAACAAGAGAGACGCCAGGCGGAUACGUCAACUCUGAGAUGUCGCUGGAGCUCCAGGGCCACAAGCUGCUGCGUUAUGCUCAAGAUGGAGACCUCGCCGGGCUGAAAGAUUUGCUUUCGAAGGGGGUGGAUAUCAAUUUCCAGGACACUUUUUUCUGGACAGGCGUGAUGUGCGCAAGCUGGUCGGGACAAAGAGCUGCCGUGAGGUUGCUGCUGGACCAAGGCGCCGCAUGGGUGGGCGUUGUCGACACGCAGGGUCGGGAUGCCAAAGAUCUCGCCUCGGAGGCGGGCCACAGAGGUGUAUUGGAGGAGCUGGAGAGCUAUGGGAGAAGUCCACCAAGACCAACUAAUACCCGGUCGGCUCAGCCUCAGCCGUGCGGAGUGUGUGGCGUGGAUUACACAAGCGACCUGUCAUCACACCUGUCCUCCACGCUCCAUCAGUUCAAUGUCGAACGCCCCCCGCCAGCCCCCGACUACUGUCUCCCUCCCUCCGCCAACAGUUACAAGAUGAUGCUCAGGUGCGGCUGGCGGCCCGGCGUGGGCCUGGGUCCGGAGGGCCGGGGGCCCGAGCGACCCGUGGCCACGGUCCUGAAAAGGGACCAGAAAGGCCUCGGCUACGGGGCGAUGGCGAGAGCCAGAGUUACUCACUUCAAAGCGGGGGAUCGCGACGCGGUGAAAGUGUCGCGUGUAGAGAAAGAAGGGCAGGGACGGAAGGGAAAAACGAAAGCGGAAAUUUGGAGGAAAGAACAACGGGACAAAGACUUCGAAAGAGAGUUCCGUGCCUCUUUUUAUAUGUGACACGUGCCACAUUUGUGUAUUUGUAUUUCACAAUUGUUGUACAUUAUAAGGGCUGAAAAUUAAUUUAAUAUAUAUGAGAAUGAGUGUGUGUUUGUGUGAAAGUAACAUUUUAUUUGAAUACUAUUUCAGUUUUGGUCUUAGUUUUUUCAGAUAUACAGUGCUGCGCAAAUGUAUUGGCCCCCCCUCUCAAAUUUGUAUAUUUUUGCAUU